UUUGAUAAGCAUUAGUAAAUCGGUCAGUGUCUAUUUAUACUGUACAACUUAUUGUGUGCGAUAGUGUCGUAUAGUUGACUAAUUUCUGUAUUUACUUUGAACAUUAAACAUGAACAAAAUUCUGUUACUUUUUUUCCAUUUUUCAAUUCUGUGGUAUUGUUGUAGAUCUUCAGUAAUGUUUGCUCUUUCGGAUAACUCCAUUCCGGGUUCUUGUUACCUAAAGAAUAAAAAUUUAACAAUACCCGAAGGUAAAUCAAUUACAAAUAUUAACGGAAAAUGCAACAUGGUUACUUGUAAUUAUCCCAUGGUAGAUAUUGCGAUGUGUGGAGUAGUGAUAAAGAUAAUUGAUGGAGAGGAAUGUAGACUAGCCGAAGAUUUAUCCAAACCUUACCCAGACUGCUGCAUUAGCGACAAAUGUGCUAAAAAUUAAAAAAUAAACCAUUUGUAAAAUAAA